AUGCCAGCAAAAAAAAGUCAAAAUAUUACUUCAAUACCACAUAUUAACAUUUUACUACUAAUUGUUGGUACACGAGGUGAUGUUCAACCAUUCAUUGCUCUCGGUCAGAUACUUUUAGCAGCUGGUCAUCGUGUUCGUUUAGCUACACAUGAAACAUUUCGUAAAUUUGUUCGUCGAAAUGGUCUAGAAUUUUUUCCAUUAGCUGGUGAUCCAGCUGAAUUAAUGUCAUUUAUGGUUAAAAAUUCCGGUAUUAUUCCAUCCAUCAGUAGUAUAGCUGCAGGUGAUCUAACAAAAAGUCGUGAUAUUAUAACUGAUAUUCUUGCUUCAACAUGGCGUGCUUGUACUGUUGAAGAUGAUGAAACAGGACAAUCAUUUACAGCUGAAGCUAUUAUUGCUAAUCCACCAUCCUAUGGUCAUAUACAUUGUGCACAAAAAUUACAAAUUCCAUUACAUAUUAUGUUUACAAUGCCAUGGUCACCGACAACUGCUUUUCCACAUCCACUAGUUAAUGUUGAUUAUUCAAAAGCAUCUAUUGAAAAAGUUAAUAUGUUAUCUUAUAGUGCUAUUGAAAUGUUUACUUGGUCGAGUAUGCGUGAUAUUGUGAAUGAAUUUCGUAAUCAAAUAUUGGGCUUACCAGCAUUACAUUCACGUCAAGCAACCUAUAUAAUGAUUGAUGAACGGGUACCUUAUACAUAUUGUUGGUCACCUUCACUUGUACCUAAACCAAAUGAUUGGGCAUCACAUAUAAAUGUUUCAGGAUUUUUCUUUCUUGAUCAUGAUGUUACUGCUGAUACAAAACAACCUGAUGAUCUAAUUAAAUUUCUUGGCCUUAAUAAUAAUCAUCAUCAUCAUCAUCAUCGAAAUGAAUCAUCAUCACCAAUAAUCUAUAUUGGUUUUGGUUCAAUUACAGGGCAUGAUUCUGAUCGUAUUCUUCAAGUUGUAUUUGAAGCAUUGAAGAAAACGGGUUAUCGUGCUGUAUUAUGUGGUCUUGCUAAAGAUGAUGAUAAAUUACCAAAAAAUGUCUUAAAAAUUGGUAAUGUUUCACAUGAUUGGCUUUUUCCACAUGUAUCAGCUGUAUGUCAUCAUGGUGGAGCAGGUACAACUGCUGCUGGUCUUCGUGCUGGUAAACCAACAAUAAUUAUACCAUUUUUUGGUGAUCAAUUCUUUUGGGGUAAUGUUAUUGAAAAGAAUGGUGUUGGUCCUCGUGCAUUACCAGGAAAAGAUUUAACAGCUGAUGAUUUAGCUAAAGCAUUUCAAUUUGUUCAUCAACCAGAAGUACGAGCUGCUGCUGAACGUAUACGUGAUGCUAUAUUAAAAGAAAAUGGAUGUGAUGAAGCAUUACAUGCAUUUCAUAAUCAUUUACCAUUAUCACAAAUGCAAAGUGAUCUUGAAUCAACUUAUACAGCAUGUUAUCAAUUAAAAGAAUAUCAUUUACAAAUAUCACGACAUGUUGCUCAAGUACUUGUCAUAUCAGGUCGUAUUGAACCAACAGAGUUAUAUUUUCAUUCAACACGAUUUUGGCCUUCAAUAUUUGAUAAUCGUAUUCAUUUACCAUUUCAUGGUAUUAUUAAACAUACACAUAAAGCUAUUGUAAAAAUAUUUUCUGAUACAACAAGUGGUGUUAAACAAGCUAUGCAUGCUGAUACAUGGACAACAAGUACAUAUAAUGUUAUUGAAGGUGUUCUGCUAGGCUUAAGUAAAGGUAUUGGUCAUCUAUGUAUAGGUUGUUUAUCUUUAUAUGGAGAAUUAACUGAUGUAUUAGAUGCUGCUCCAUCAUAUUAUGAUCCAUAUAAUGAUUCUUCUAAUCGUUCACGACCAUAUGUAUAUGAUUUUGAUACGGGUAUUCAUGCAGCUAUUUUAGCUGUUAUUUUUGGUUGGAAAGAUGGUAUUACAGAUUUUGUUAAUACACCACGAAUUGCUUAUGAACGUCAUGGAAAAUUAGGUAGUGUAGCUGGAAUAUUAGUAGGUGUUGCAAAUGGUUUAUUAAAACCUGUUGUUGGAACUUUUUCAUCUUUGACUUGGUUUUGUCGUGGUAUUUAUGCUAAUAUAAGUAAUGAAGCAUUAUUAGAUAAAGGACACGAAGCAUGUCCUAUUAAAACACUUGGUCUUGAUUCAUUAGUAUCAACUAUGAAUAAUGAAGAAUCAAAACAACAAUACACUAAUGAUACUAAACAAGUUAUUAAAAUUGCAUCGACAAUAUCAGGUUUUUCACCUGAUGUAUGUCAACAAAUUAUAACAGAAUUUGAUAAUAUUAAAAAACACAAUAUUGAUUAUCGUUCAUAUAAGCAUAAGUCACGAUAA